AUGUGCGUCUGCGCGUCCUCCAUGCACCCAAUGGCCGUCCCACUGCCACCUGCCUCGAACCUCCACGCCAUCCUCCUCGUCACCAAAUCGCGGUCGCUCGGUCCUCGCCUUGUCUUCCACUAUCCGCCGCUAUCGCCGUCAGCAGCCGCCCUUGCCGCGGCCAAAGACCCAGCCUGGUUCCGUCACGACACGUCCACGGCCAGCGUUGACUCGCGAAGCUCAGAUAGCGACUGGGACAGCAGCACCGACUCGGACGAUGAAAACGACAUCGAAUUAGGCAGUCGCACUAGUGGCGGCCGUCGAUCGGGAAGAACCUUGACUGGGCGGGUGAGCGACAAGGACAAGCUGGGGUCAGGGCUAUGGGGCAGGCAGGAGACGAUUGAUGAGGAGGAUGCAGAUGACGACGAUGACAAGGAAGCUACUGGAAGUCGGGGCAAGGGCGGAGAUCACGACUGGGGCACGGUGCUCGGCUUCAAGACGGAUGCGCUGGAGAAGAUGCUGAGCCCCAGCAAGGAGUACAACAAGAAGCGAUUCGAGCUGGGCGUCGAGAGCAUCGUCUUUCUGGGCGCGCCCAUGUUCGUCCGGGAAGACGGGCUCUGGAAGAAGGCGAAGCGGAAAAGGAAGAAGCGAUCGGACAAGCAAAGACUUGAAGAUGGCGAUCUGAUGAAGAAUCUCACAAGUGCCAGCGAUGACGAUGACGCCGACUCCCCCGAAGCGCCUGCGAAACCCGUCCCGGAGCCGUUCAGAAUGCCCGAGGGAUUCGAGCCAGGCUACGGCCAUGGUUCCAUGUCCAGCGGACCCUCAGGCGCUCCCUCAGAGGCUGGAUCCGACGCGCGGAGCAACUCGACGAGCCACGACAACAACAACCCCGACAUGACCAUGUUCAACGUCGUCUUCGUGCUGAAUCCGCCUGCACUCGAGUACCAGCAGCGCGUCAAGGAGAUGUACGAUAACGUUACGCGCAAGUAUGCAAAGGCACUCAAGUACGAGGAGGCGCGGUUUCAGUACGUCUGGAAAGAAUCCAAGCGCAUCAUUGACAUCAAGCAGCGGGCCAAGGAGACCAACGAGUCUCUGACGGCGACGUGGAAGAAGAUUGUCAGCACAUCACCGCUUGCCAAGUCCAUCGCCAUCAUGUUCGAUGCCAUCUCGCACGACAAGAUAGCUCAUAUCCAUUUCGACGCGACCUUCAACACAUCCUUUCAGAUCCCACAAGCCGAUUCCACGCCAUACCUCCCCACCGCCAUCGAACCUCAGAUGCCAGGCCUAUGGCUUACGACCUCGAACGUUAUACUAGAGGACGACGAUGCACCCAUGACGCAGCAUGCCGCCCUGUUGCUCCUGGAGGAUGCCGAGGUGCUGAUCAAGGACCUCGGCGGCGACGCUGGUGGGAAUGCGGCGGCUAUCGCCUUCUACAUACGCAACAUCGUACCCACCAAGUCGCUACUGAAGAUCUCCAAGAAGCAUAAUAUAUCAGCGCAUGAUAUGGAGUACAUAGCGAGUCAUCUUGUCUAUUGGCGGCGCGCGCGUCUUAUCGCUCCUCUGUCACCACGCGACACCUACAUCGUCAGUCCGAAUGCCGAUAUGACUGUUCUCCCGGCCGCGAUAUCAGUCUACGCACAGCGCUUCCCUACGUUGCCUACGCUACCUAAGGUACUGAGCAUGCUUUCCGGUACGCCCCGACCGUACAGAACCUUUAUACCCACCGCCGAACAUCGCGAUGCCUACAUGGAGAUUUUAGCUUGGCUCAUGCGUGGAGGCUGGGUCACACAAUUGCGCACAUUUGCCUGGGUACGGGUAACGCCUGAGAUCAAAGCGCAAGUGGCAGCCGAGAUUGAGCGGGAAGAGCGUAUCAAGAAAGCCGAAGAGGCGCGCAGAGAGUUGAUGAGCGACAACGAUUCAGUAGCCGACAGUCUGCUCUCCGACAAACGAAGCAGUUUGCUUUCUCUAAACUCGGUCAGGACCUCGUCCCCUUUGCGACGCACGCGGCGAGAUGCGGAUGAAGACAUGGAUAGCAGCACCAUACUGAGCCCGCGUCUCGGGUCGACAGCCAUGUCACGGAACUCUUCUGCUCGCACCGGGUCUGACGCCGGCAGUACGAGUAGUCAGCGCACAACCAUCGCGCUCAACCCAUCGCAACGAGCAGAGUCACCAACUUAUCUCGGGCUACGAGACGCAAAGCCCCAUCGUCCAUCACCGCUCCAUCUCAAGCCCGCCUCGCCAUCGCCAUCGCCAUCGCCAUCCCGCAACUCGAUCGUCUCACCGACAUCUCCCGUCGAGAAGCUUACACUACCAGACCCCGCUUUGUUUACCCACACCACGAUCCUUUCCCCACAAAAAGCAUCAUCUAUUGAGGCCAGGUGGCUUGAUAAGAUUGCCCAGACUUUUGAAGAGACUGCGAUGAUAUCCGCGAAUCCGAGCCCACCGAAACAUGCAGAUGGUGGCUUUGGUGGUAUAACGGGCAAGGAACUGAGAGAGAGCUGGCCUAUGCUGCUGAGGCAUUUGGAUGGUAAGCAUGCGAUUGAAGAUGUGUCGGCUAGAGAGGGCAUUAAGCGGAAGAGAGUUGCUGUGCUCUUCAAUGCGGUCAAGGAGAGGGGGUGGCUGGUCAUUGCGCGGCAUUGCGUCCUCGUCACCAUUUUGGCCACGGCUUCCACGGCCCUUGCCUGGUAUGAUCACCCCAGCAUGGUCACCGAGGCACAAACGACCGAUGCUACAUUCCUUCUUCCCUCCUCCAGUGCGACCUCCCCAACUUCGACGGCAAGCGCAACCACCAGCGCGCGCCGUCUCGUCACCAGGGUGACCAGAGCGCCCUCCGUGGACCCCACCACUCUGGCUACUAUUGCGCGUUCCAACAAGGAAGAACGCGACGAUCCACGCGUCUACAACAACGGCUGGCGAACGUGGAUAUCAGAGUACGAUGGCCGCAUGAUCACCGUGAAGCCCUGUGUCAAGGCUACAAGUCUGACUAAUUACCACGGCACACACCCACUUACCCUUCUCCAAGGCAAUAGAUGUCGUGGCUGUAACCGCGUUCUCGAUCCGAAUGAUGAUGGAAGGUAUAAUGGAAGGUUUAGAGGUGGUCAUGAUGGGUGGCGCGAUCAUAAUGAGAAUCUUAAUGAUCCUCAGCUUGAGAAUAAGUGUCCGUGAGCAGUGACAUGGGAGGGAGGGGGAAAUGUAGGGUAUGGAGAGCUUGAACUGGCUGGAGUGGUAUUGGGUUAUCUAGAAUUGUAAUCUUUUUGAUGGAC